AUGGCCUACUGCCGACCGUUGCUGAGGGAGUAUCCUGACCCUUCGUUAGGGGGAUGGGUGCUUCCCGAUGCUCGGAUCUCGUAUACCGGAGAGAGUGGAUCCGAGAUUGUGGAGACUUUCCCGGAAGACCGGGUUUUCCAUGCUCCGCUCCCUGAGGGAGUACAGGCGGUUCCGGCCCGUACGGCCAACGCGAUGGUGGGGGUGAUCAACCGGUUGAAGUCCGCGCUGGUUCGGGCCCGAUCUGCACUUUCUUGCAGGAGCCCCCACUCCACUCGGACGGGGGCUGGACGAGCCGGGGCCGACGACGCAGGUCCCUCGGGUGGGGGACGCGGUCGUGAGGAGAUAUAGAGGGAACGACACUCGCCCCUACGGCAUCGCCGUUCCGAUGUGGGGACGAGUUCUUCCGGGGAGAGGUCCGAGCCGGAGCGCAGGCGACGUUCCGUGUCGGUGGCUCGAGAGCCUAGCCCCGAGUUGCAGCCACAGCCUCAUUUUUGGGGUGAUUCUGGCUGGGGGUCCUCAUACCACGGGGAGUGGAGUGGAUGGACCGGCGAGGCUUGGAGACAUGAAGCCGAUGACGAGUCUUAGGCUUGCCUCUUGUUUUGUAUAUAUUCAUUCUUGUAUUCCGCAUGUAUAUAUAUUUUAUUUUUUUUGCGAAUUUUGGGUGCAAGAAUGUUUUGAGCCUUCCAUGGGCUUUGCCUUAACAUUUUAUAGCAAUAUUAGCCUUC